GAUACAAAACGAAAGUACAAACGAGGGAUUUUCCAUCAGAUUAAUCGAUCUUCUAAAGUCACCUUCAGAGUUUGAAAAAACCUUGUACCAUUGUUCCUUUAUAUAUAUGAUUUUGGUAAAUUAAUUUUUUUAUUUAAAAAACAAUAAGAAUGUUACACCUUCCUCGUCUCUCAGAGGCGGCUUUUGUGGGACUGUGUCAUGAAAUAGGGACUCCUACAGAAGUGCGAAUCAGGAGAGAAGUAGACGACAUUGAAGAGGUUCUACGUCAACCUUUUGAUGAUAGUACUGGAUUGAAAACAAUGAAGAGUGGAAGUAGGCGUGAGGGAUUUCGGAUGAUAACUUCAGAUUUAGAUACUAUGGCAUGGCGUCCAGACCACAAAGUUAUCUGUGAUCUCUCUCAGAUCAGUCUCUACCAUAUACUACAGCAUACUGUGAUUCUGAUGGAGUGUGAUGAUCUACCACCGGGAUUUACCAGACUGAAUUUGUUAAGUCCCACAAAUAGUUCAUUUAUCAUGUCCGCCUGUUUAGUUAAGAAUAAUGAAUUAUAUAUUUCCAGUACAUUAUUCCGCAAUAACCAUUUACAAUUUAUAAAGACCAUAGAUGGACUCUUUGCGUCAUCCAUUCCGCAUGGACCCUGUUCGUCCAAUGUCAUAGAAGAGGAUUUUGAAGCAGAUCUUGUGCUCUGUUUUCAUUCAAACCACUGGCCGACAAUAGCUCUACCAUGGAUACAUAGAUGUCUUCAACAAGGCUGGCCAUCCCGCAGUGUUUUAUCGAACAUACUAUGUAAUGGAUUCCAUGUCGUUCCUAUCGGCAGCAAACCCGAAAACGAGGAUGAAUGGAGAAUAUCUUUCUCCCAAGCAGAAAAGAAACUUGUUUGUGAAAUGAAUCACAGUCAGUUUUUGUGUUAUGGUCUUCUAAAAAUAUUGCUCAAGGAAGUAAUUAAUUCUCAACUGAAUUCCCCUGUUCUUUGUUCGUAUUUCGUCAAAACAAUUUUAUUUUGGGUCAUUCAAAACAAUAAAUCCUUGAUUUGGACACCCAACUGCUUACUGUCCUGUUUCUGGAAAUGUUUCAAAUUGUUAAUAUACUGGGUACGCAUUGGAGAAUGUCCAAACUUUUUUAUUCCACAAAACAACAUGUUUAGACUGAAAGUCACCGGUUCUGUACAAGCAUCAUUGUUUUAUCAGUUGCAGGAUUUGUAUCAUAAGGGUAUACCUUGCCUUUUAUUAAGUCAAACCUUAAGACCUUAUCUCAGCCAAGCAAUUUUAUACAGAUCAUUGAGGGUUUGUACAGACGAGAGCAGUAUAAAAACGAGCACAGAAUUAGAUAUCAGCGUCUUUGAGGAAAUACGGCUCUUAGAAUAUUACCAGAGCAUUGAGGAUUUUCCAGUAUACAUGAAACAAGUUGAGAGAUUGAUGAGACAAAAUCUGACAUCGCACCAGGUUGUUACAUUACAAUGCAUGACAUCAAGUUUAUUAAGGAACUCUUCCCUUUCAAUACGGAAUGGUAUAGAUCCAAAUAAAAAUCGUGCGGUUUAUUGCAAUAUCUGUAAUGUGACCGCUAUGUUAAAACUGUCAUGUACAACAGGUUUUGUGUCAGACAUUCUGUACCUUGCCAUGUAUUUCUACAGAACUCGUAGAUAUGAAGACUCACUCAAUUGUUUACAGAAAGCACAGGAGAGAAUGUCAGCCCCUUUCAUUAUGUAUAGAAAUAAUGUAAAUAUAGAUAUGUACGAAUACUACACGUCAGGGAUGUCUCUGGGAAUGAAAAUCAAAAGAGCUGUAAUGGUUAACAUUAAAUUGACAUUUAAGGCCAUUUACAUUGACGAACUAGAGUUAGAGCAGAAGAUCAAACAAAAGGAAGGAAUGGGUGCAUUAUAUGUCCCACCUUUAGUGAUUUUACACAUGUUGUUUGUACUGAAUCACCACAGACUGGGUGACACAGUCAGGUCACAACAAUCUCUACAGGAUCUACAGACUCUGCUUCUCUAUGAUGAUGGUGAUAAUGUGUCAACCUGCGAGAGGGAUAUUUCCUGGCAAAUACUGGGCAUCUGUCAACAGAUCACUGGAGAUUAUUCGGAAUCUCUACGUUCGUAUCAAAACUCAUUACAACAAUAUCCCGUUCACAGAAUCCAGGACGCGACUCUUUUAAGACUGAAUACGCUUCCACGUGGAACAAUAUGAUAUUAUUGUGCUCAAUUUAAAAGAUCAGCUGGUUGUUAAUUUUAUUUUUCACCAAAAUGUUCUUAAAAAUUAUUCUAUUUACUUACGUUUUUUGUGGUUGGGUCUUUUGUAGAAACUUGUAACUACUUUGUCGUUUCAAUACUUUUCAUGUUACUGAAAUCUAACUCGUAUAAUUACUUAUUAUAUAAUUUUAUUUAGGAAAUUUUAAACAUGUAAUACAGUUGGGCAUUCAUAAAAAAAUAUCAUAAAACCACUCAAAAAAAGAUGUUCAUCAUCCUUUGUCAUAUAUAUGUUUAGUUUUUCUCAGCUGGAAAUGGGGCAUGUAAUUUUAGUUACUAACUGGCAUAUACGUGUUUAUUUUAUUGCAGAAUAUACCGCGGUAUUUAUGAAAGAAAAUACAUUGAAUAUUGAAAUAUACAUAAUUUCAGACUAUAAAAUAAUAUCUAUAUUAGAGAAACCCUUAAGCUAGUUUUUAUUAGAGCAUUGGCACAUUUAUGUUACAUCAUAUUUUUGUACAAAAUCAUAAAUGAAAAAAACAUAAGUAAAAUAUA